AUUAGUAUCUUUUUUUCCAGUUGGGGAGUUGGAAUCACCCUUCCCCCUCUUUUAAAUUCCCCUUCCAUAUCCUCUUCCCCCUCCCAUACACAAAGAAGCAGUUAAACUGAAAGUACUUGCUUAACCCAAGACAAAGGGGAAGAGCUAAAAUCAGUGAAUAACAAACGAGAAAUAAGUGGAAUUGAGCAAUUGAUAGGUGUUUGCCUUCCCAGGUUAUGUUAGAGGGCAUUCCUGUUCAGCUAUAGGUUGAACUCCUUGGCCUCUGAGAUCUCUUCCACUUCAGAUUAUGUCCAGAGAGACACGCGAGCAGAGGGACCCACGAUGGAGCGGCCUUAGCUACGAAUCUCCGCCCGUCCAGGAAGGGUCGGUGGAGGGGCCGCAGCAACCUCCAGUGGUGAGGAAAGUGACAGGCGCCAAAGGGGUAAGCAGUGUGGCAUAUUGGAAGAAGCGUUGGAAUUGGAGUCAGACUAUUCAUGUCCCAGCUCUGAUGAUUUAUUGUGAGACCGUGGGCUUCAGUUUCUUCAUCUAUAAAAUGAGGGAUCGGCUAACAAUCUUUGACAAUGAAGUCAAUUCAUUUUUGGACAAUAUGUUUGGACCUCGAGAUGCUCGGGUCAGAGGAUGGCUCAUGUUGGACUCCUAUCUUCCUACUUUUUUCCUUACUGUAAUAUAUCUACUUUCCAUAUGGUUGGGUAACAAGUAUAUGAAGAACAGGCCUGCACUUUCUCUCAGGGGUAUCCUCAUUUUCUAUAAUCUUGGAAUCACACUACUCUCUCUCUAUAUGCUUGUAGAGCUCAUUCUCGCCACUUGGGAAGGAGGCUACAACUUACAGUGUCAAAAUCUCGUCAGUGCAGGAGAAGCGGACAUCCGGGUGGCCAGGGUGCUGUGGUGGUACUACUUCUCCAAACUGAUAGAAUUCAUGGACACGAUUUUCUUUGUUCUGAGGAAGAAAACCAAUCAGAUUACUUUUCUCCACGUGUACCAUCAUACAUCUAUGUUUAACAUCUGGUGGUGUGUUCUGAACUGGAUACCAUGUGGACAAAGUUUUUUUGGACCAACACUGAACAGUUUUAUCCACAUUCUCAUGUACUCUUAUUAUGGACUUUCAGUAAUUCCAUCCAUGCACAAGUAUCUGUGGUGGAAGAAGUACCUCACACAGGCACAACUGAUCCAGUUUGUACUGACCAUAUCACACACCCUGAGUGCAGUUGUGAUACCCUGUGGCUUUCCAUUUGGCUGUCUCAUCUUUCAGUCUUCCUACAUGCUUACAUUAGUCAUAUUAUUCUUAAAUUUUUAUGUUCGGACAUACCGGAAAAAGCCUCUCACACAAGAAUCGAAAGAGAAGCUUGCAGGAAAAGAAGUCACGAAUGGUUUUCCCAAAGUUCAUUUCACUGAAGCUAAUGGAAUUGGGGACAAGAAAGCCCUAUGAAAAUAGUAAAGAGAACAACACACAACAGAACCUAAGAAAUUCUUUUGUUUUAAAACAAAAACUGAGUUGAAACAGUUCUUUAAGUUUUAGUACAAACUGACAUCUGUUGUUUAUAAAACAUUUGUACCAAAAAUGUAUUAUUAAUUCAUUGCUAUUAGGUUUAACGUAUUUUCUAAAUGCUUUAGUCAAAGGUUAACCACUGAGAUGAUGCUGGAAAUUUUAGAUCUCAAUGUUAAUGAAAAAAAAAAAGAAACAAACAACUUCCUAAGUGCCCCCCUGUCCCCAUGUGUUUCUUUUUAUGAUGCCUUAUACACUUUCCUAAAGAACACUGAGUGUUUUCAUGGUAAACCUUUAAAUUAAAAAAAAGUUAGUGUUUUGUUUAGAUUAGAUUGUUUAGAUUAACAUAUUUAAACUACAAUGUUGAUUAUCUUCUAGGACUAGGCAGUAAACACCCAUGGAUAGAGUAGUCAAUCCAUUGGACUCCAUAAAGCAGAAAUCUCUAAGAAAUCAUUUAAAAAGGAGUGUGGAACAAGGAAAAUAAAAGGAAUCUAGCAGAAUGUCUUUCUUUCUAAAGCCACAUUCUACUUUGUCUCACCUUCUCUAAUUACUUCUUCCAAAAAGAAUCUUAGUGAAUUAGUGAUAGUUCAUUUAUUUUAGUGCACUUUUUUCAUUUUGAAAAUUAGCUUUGCUAAGAGAGAAAACAUGCACUGCCAAAUCCUCAUAACCUCAGAGACUUUGGCUAGGAAUUUGACUGUUCAGAAAUUCAUGGAGUCCUUGGCCCUUUUAAACUGCGGUUGUCAUAUCAGGCUUCCCGAUUAAGCCUUUGGUUUAGUUAAGAUGCAGUUGGACAGCCUGCUCAUUACUAAAAGUAUCCUCUGAUUCUGGUCUUUCACUGUUCCUCUCUCUAUGCAAUGACUAAAGUCCAACUUCCUCUUCUGUUGGGUUGUAUGCAUCACUGACACUUGUUUUGAAAUUAAUUAACUGAAUUAACUCAGCAAUGGAGUCCAGACAGAAAUGGAAUUUUUUUGGUGCUUAUUUUGGACUUUGUUGGAGACAUGGCAAUAGUCACCUUAUACCAUCCUCUGAGCGCUAUUUACAUUUUUGAGAUUAGGAAGGAAGAAGUGGGCAAUAGGAUGUGUUGCUAUGAAAGAAUUCCCAUAGUAAAUAGCGAGCGAAUUGGCAAAGGCCAGCUCAGCAAAUGAGAACUUCUCUAUGCUGGCAUUGCUCUAUUUAAUGGGACCCAACCUUAAAAGUAGAGAAAAGUCCUAAUGAGAAUUUCCCUCACUCCCUGGAGGAAUCUUGAAACUUAACUUAAUAUGCUAUGAUACUAUCCUAAGAUUAGAAAUAGGAGGAUAUUAUUAGAAGAUUUGAUGGAGAUUAAUUUCUCAGAUUAAAUUCUGCAGAAUUAGAAUGGGCAGUUUUAUAACUUCAUCCUUUCACCCCCACUUAGGCUUACUGCAGAUGUUUCUCAUUUAAUAUCUUUUAAAAAUGCUUUUCAGUUCAUCCUGUUGGCACCAGUUGCCACAGAAAAGUAUUUAAUUGGUAACUUUCGAUCAUCUACUUUCCAUCUUUUCCACCCACCCUUAAGAUAGCCUUUUAAAAAAUAACCCUUACUUUCUGUCUUAGUAACAACUCUUAAGACAGAAGGGCAAGGGCUAAGCAAUUGGGGUUAAGUGACUUGCUUAGGGUCACAUAGCUGGGAAGUGUCUGAGGCCAGAUUUGAACCCAGGACCUUCUGACUCCAUGCCUGGCACUUAGCCACUGUAUCACCUAGCUGCCCCUCCUAAUAACUUUUACAUUAUUUUUCGUAUAAAAACUUGUAAUCACCCUUGAUUUCUUAUUCAUUCACAUUGUUCACUCAGGAGGCUUUGCCCACCUUCUGAGAGGUCACCCACAUGCAGCAUUUAUUGUCAGUAAAUUGUCAGUAUAGCUACCUGGUUCAUCCUUUUAUUAUUAUUAUUAUUACAGUUUAACAUUACCUUUUGAAUCUAGAUUUAUUCCUAUUGAUCACAACAGAGCAGAUAUUGGUCCCAGAUUGGCACCUUCUCACUCUGUAAAUUUUUUUUAAAAUUUCUGGUAUAUUGCAAAUCCAUCCGCCUUCUUUAGGGCACCACUUGGUUAACCAUUUCUUCCCCCUUGCAUUAGCCUUUUUUCACUGGAGUAGUUGCCGCCUUCUAAUAAAUAGUUCUUGGAUGACACACCUUCAAGCCAGCAUAAUUUUUGCCUGAUGCCUUUUAAACCCAGAGCUGGAGCACUAGGUUUGUCUUAGACAAAGCUGAAUCUUGUCCCUUACAUACAGUCGAGGUAAAAAUGAAUUUUUUGCACAUCUGUCUAGGAUGCCCCUUCACUGGCCCUGCUCCUUCUAGUCAGAUUGUUAUUAUGAGGCACUAAGAAUCCCCACCAAUCAUCCAUGGCUAAAUGAGGAUUGCACAGGCCAGUCAUCUUUUCAUGCUGUAUAAGGCCUCUUUUAGCUGAAUCAAAGAGCAUAGGCUCAGGGAUUAUUGGAGACAAAGAGGGAAAUCUGACAUUCUGGGGUAGCCUCCACCGGCAGGCAUGCACUUAACUGGCAGUCUUGAAUACACACAAGUGAUUUAAUUAAUGACUUGAGGUUAGCUCAGAGCUUCUUCCAAUUCCAAACUGGCCUGUCAGUUCACAAAGGCCUAAUUUUUAAAUAUACAUGCAUGUACAUAGAGUUAUAAUAUACAUAUAACGUCAUAAACCAUUCAAGGGCUCAGAAAAAAAGCACACACUCAUAGCAUUGAAAUCUUAGCUAUGAGGACUGAAUCAGGUGUGUUCCAAAUACUUGUCUUAAAACACCUUUAAAUAUUACAGUUUUGAAAAAUAGAAUAAGUUGAAUUUUUUUAAAAUGUGAUUUCUUAUAAAAAACUUGUAAAUAAAACUUCUACAUGUCUGUCUAAUCCUAUGUUGUUUAGGAAAUAAGUGAGAAGAGCUUUUAGGGUGGGGGAGAAAUGCUUCUGUCCCUUAACCAUGAAAAAAAUAGAUUUUAGUGAAUAUAUACCUACAUCUGUUGAUAGUUUUCCUCAUUAAAAAUUAAAAUAAAAUGUUUUCUCUAACCAGAAUCGAACAUGAAAAUUUUCAGUUCACUUUUAAAAUACAGUGUUGCUAUCAUUUAUGUAGUAUGUACUGCAGGAUAAAAUUAUUUGUACUUGAGGAAUAUUUGUAUUUGUUUUCAUGGGAAAAUGUCAUUUGUAUUGGUAGGACAAGAAAUGGGUAAUAAGCCAGUCUGAAUUCCUUGCAGAGUCAAAUACACUUCCCUUAUUUUGUGAAUGUUUCUGGGUAUUUUCCUAUUUGAAAUCUGGAAGUGGACACCCAAUUUCUUGUAUUCAUACAGAAAAGGCACAUCCCAAGAAUACAGCAUCAUUUUAAGUGUGGGCAGGAAGGCAGAAGAAGCCAUUUUUCUUCAUAUAUUAAAAGCAUUCAAUAUGAUUGUUGUAUAUUAAAUUUAUUUUUACCUUAAA